UCCACUCACUCAAUGUCAGUCCCAUCCUUAUCACCUCUCUCUCUCUAGUCUUUCCUACAAGCUAGUGCUCUCUAGGCUCUAGCUAAUUAGAUAUAGACCUGUGGCUAGCUAGGCCAAGGACACAUAUAUAUCCAGCUAGCCGGCCAGCUUAUCUGCUUGUUCACCGCCGCCGGCCGGCCGGCGACAAGCUAGCUAGCUUGAUCAGCGACAGCAAGCGUGGAUCACCCGAGCGGAGGCGGAAGCGCUCGUCGUCGUCGUCGCGGUUCGUCUCCUCCUAGCCCUCUUCCUCUGCCGCCGCCUCCGGAGCGACGACGACGAGGUGACGACGGCGGUGGCGAGUACUAUUACCAUGGCGAGGCGCCGGAGGUCGUCGGAGAGGCGGCACAGGGUGGCGGCGGCAGAAGGAGGAGCUGCGCGGAGCACGAGCUGGACGUCAUGGUGGCGGCGCUCACGCACGUCAUCAGCUCCGGGCGGGAGCCGCUGGCAGCGGCGGCCGGCGCCGUGUUUGAAGGAGCCGUGUCCAGGCAGCAAGUGACGACGUGCCAGCAGUUCUACAGUGUUGCUGCUCCUCCUCUGAUGGCUCGUCCGGCAUCGGUGGCGGCGUCGACGGCAUCGGAGGAGCAACGAGCAGAGGAGCAGCAUGCAGAGACGCCACGGUACCGUGGGGUGCGGCGGCGGCCAUGGGGGAAGUGGGCCGCGGAGAUCCGGGACCCGGUGAAGGCGGCGCGCGUGUGGCUGGGCACUUUCUCAACCGCCGAGGAUGCCGCCCGCGCCUACGACACCGCCGCGCUCCGCUUCAAGGGCCCCGACAAGGCCAAGCUCAACUUCCCCUUAUCAUCACAGCCCCUCGCCGGCGUCUCCAGCCACGUGGCGCCACCGCCGCGGAGACGACCAGCAGCUGCCUCCAUUGACGAUGUUGCUUCUGGUCCUAGUGGUCAGGAGGAGUUGUCGUGCUUCUUCCCGGACAUCGGCCGGUACGCGCACAUACUACAGAGCGGCGGUGGCGACGACGACGUCCUGCGAGACGUCCAUCAACACGUCAUCGUCGGUGCCGGCAGCGGGUCGGCGCCGCCUGGACACUACUCGGAAGAGGAGGAGCAUCGGCCGCCAUCGACAUGGCGGGAGAAAAGCGCGGGGCCAUAGCUAGCAUAGCGUUGUCAACUUGUAAAUGUGUGCAUUUUACACUAACAGAAGUUAACUGGUACUCCCAUUGUGCUCUCGUUUUCUUUCAAUGGUGAAUUUAAAAUUUAGUCCCGAUAUCUUUCAACCUUCAGCGCCCAUUUCUAUUGAAGUUUCUUUUUCCCA